AUGUCUUCGGUGAAUUCGGCCAUCAGCAAGCCGUUCAACCUCAUGACCAUCGAUGAACUUCUGGAAGCCCUUCCUGAAUGCAAUCCAGCUGCAGUCCAAGAAAUAUGGAUGCCCGAGAUGCGGAAGAAGUUCGAGGCCACCAGAGCCAUUGUUCAGAACGCCGAGGGCCGUAAUUUCCAGUCCCAUGAAUCACUUGUCUCGAUGGAAACGGAUCUCAAGAACAUCAACGCGCAAGCCCAGAAUGUUUCAGCUCUGUAUGAGAAAGUUAUCAAGUCCGCCGAGCGCUUGGCCGAGAUGAAUGUCGACACCCUGACCCAGCUCCUUGAGGAGGCCAACGACAAAGUCAACAUUACCAAUGCUGGUUGUCAAAAGCUUCGCUCAGAACUCGAACUGAAGGUUAAGGAAGUCGCGGCUGCACAAUACAACGUCCAGGCGGUCGUCGAUUCCAUUCGCGACGUCUUGAACAAGGCACUGCAGUAUCCACAGAACUGGGACCGUGUACAGUGUCAGAACAUACAGCAAGUUCUUCAAGACUACCCACAUGAUCCUGAUCAGAAAGGCCCUUCAGCACUACGCAUCCGGCAGCAGAGCUUCCUCCAGCUUGUGGCAGAUUUGAGAGAAGCUGAGGGCUGCGUGGCUGACCUUCGCGCGCUUACCCAAGCGCAGGGUCGGCUCGUCGAAGAGCAGUCUACCGAACGUGAGAAAGCAAUGGCUCGACAAGAGGAGAGUAUGCAGACUAUCGACACUCGUGACCACGAGAUUUUGUUGCUGGACCAGCGCAACCGUGAAAUGGAGGCGAAGCUCGAAAAGUACCAGGUCGCAUUGCGCCUUGCUGACAAGGAUGUUGCUCACAACCGAUCGUUGCAACAGCAGCUACACCGUGUGUCUCAAGAAUGCGACAAACGCCUAGAAGAGAAAGAUGCAGCAUUACUGCAGAUGCGCCAGGAUUUUGAGUGUGUGCAGGAGCAACUGAAGACUGCUCAGGUCGACCUCCGGAACGCCAACACCACUCGAGCUCUCAUCGCAGGCCAAGCCGGUCUCAACAAGCCUCGACCAUCUCUGCCAAGUAGCUACAGCUCGUUCACCCUCAAUGUUCGACAUCUGUCGGAGCACACAGAGGCCCCGCGACCCCAGCAAACCUACAAGAUCCUCGGUCCCCACCCUAAGCUUGUGGAGCCGCAGCAGGCGGAUGUGGUGGUUUCUCAGCCUCCCAGAGAUUUACGCAGCCUGGCUCAGCCAGUGCGUAGCCGACACCUGAGUGGCCCUUCCGAAGAAUCGAUUACAAGACCUCGCCGGGCGAGCCUCGACAGUGGGAAGGUAAUUUUCGCUCGACCACACAACGAAACAAAGCCGCUACCUAGCCCGCCAACAAUUGUCGCCAGCAUUUCUCUUGGUAACCGCUCUCAUCAGACAGAAUGCUCCGUCCCUUCGGUCAGUCCGGAGAUGGUCCCAAAUAUUUCAGCUCCGAUGCACGAUCAAGGUCACGGGCACUCACCUCGAUACCACAUGCGUGAUUACCACUGGGACGAGACCCCACCAUCCGGGAAGCGCAUGCUCAGCUUGAUUGCGGAGGCCUCCCAUGAGGGCAGCAGUUCGCCCGAAAGCAACAGCGCAACCAGCAGUGAGAAGAACGCUUACCGUGGCAGCAUACACGCCUUGGAACUACUCAACAGCCAGAGUAGCCCAGCUGAAGAUAGCCCGGAGGAGCCUGUCAUGCAUGCGUCGUGGUCUGAGCCUCAUAGGCGUCGAGGUCUGCGCAAGGUUGCCUCGGCCGAGAUGGAUGUGUCACAGCUGUAUCAUCAACACCUUUGA